AUGGAUUUUGAGGAGCAAUUGGAAAAGGCGGAAAAGUCGCCUUAUCCCUCGCUAGUCGGGGCGUCCGUGAAAUCGGCCGACGACUCGCCCCACAAAAACUACAUCCACCCCGAGAAAUACACCGGCACAGGCCGCAAAAACACCGCCAAAAAGUCCAUCUUGAACUCGUCGAUCGGCGCCUCGUUGGACGACUUGAUCAGCGAGGGUGCGCUCUUGGGGAGCGAUGAGAACUUCGACCGCUUUUUGGACGACAAGGGCAACGUGCUCUCAGAUGCCAAGUUCUCGACAGAGAACUCCAGCGACUACCACUCGGUCGAGCCUGCGGAAUCCCACAAGCCCUCGCAAAGCUCGUCGUUGAGAAACUCUCAAAUCGCGGCUGCCGCUGCCGACGACGCUACGAGUCCGCUGGCUGGGGGAGCCAUCCCAAAUGAGGCCCCCAGACCUUUGUCCGAGCUCGAAAACUACUCGACGCCAAACCUCUCGGAGUACCAGAUCGGCCACCAGAUCUCAGACCACUCGGAGCUCUUGGAUUCGGUGAAAUCUUACGACUUGUCCAAGUUGCCCACGGCCAACGACACGGAGUCCAGAUCCAUGACCAACGUGGUGCACCCGGAAGCCGAGACCACUUCCAGACCUCCGGUUGCCGCGCAAAACGCACACGUCACCGAUGCCGAUUCGUUGCAUGCCCCGUACUUCCACACUGACGAAAGAUCAAGCUCAAGAUCCAGAGCCAGGGUGGGUUUUCGGGACGACAGCCGCGAGCGAUCCAGGUCCAGAUCCUGCUCGGUAGUGGCGCCCCACUUGGCGCGCGGCGACACGUACAAGAACACACACGAGGAGACGCCUUCAAAAUAUGAGCUUCCUGCUGGUAUGGAGGUCGACGAGGAUGCGGAGGUGAUGGACGAUCGGAGAUCCAGACAGUCGAAGCCAACCUUGGGAGACUCCAUUGCGGCUGCCGAGGCGACAAAAGUCCCUGUAUCCGACACCGAGUCUGUGACUAGAGACCCUUCUUUGGUCACGAGCGGAGACUACAAGAACUUCAACGCAGACGGCCGCACCAGAGUCUUGCAGGGCUCGAACUUGUACUCUUUGCGUUCGGAAUCGUCUACAAAUUACUUGAGGUCCAUUUCCAGAUCAAGAAGCAGAAAGCCCGCCAAUGACUUGGGCGCAUACGCGUCUGUCAACGAGAAAAACGACGCCAAUCCUCAGGUGUUGGAGAGAGAGGGUGCUUUAGUGUCCGACGACCCGUUUUCGCAGGUUGACGACUUGGAUAACAUGAUGAAAAAAGUCUUGAAAGAGUCUGCAGAGAAAUCUGCCCUGAAGCCAAAAAACUUAGUCAAUGAUGUACCUGCGGGACCAAAAAAUACUGAGACUAUGAAGCAGUUAAACUCCGAGAGUAUUCUCCAAUCAAACACGGGGCUGGACGGAGCAAGCCACAAUACUCGCCCUGAACAAGAGGACCAGUCUGAUCAACCAAAUCAAGUCGUGGAUGAUGUUUCAGCGGAAGAGAAAGAUUUGGGGACAAGCGAGCAGUUGAUCGCCGAAAGUGCACCCACACUAUCUGCCAAGGAUAUUCACGUUGAAGGAGAGAAAGCUCAGGAGCCCGAAAACUCCGUCACUUAUCCAGAGGGCAGCACCGUUGACCCCACGCCUGAAGAGGGAAAGGUUAACGAUGUAUCUGCAGAAGAGAAGGACGCAGACACUCAAGAACAACUUAAGGCAGAAGAAGCUCCUGUCGUAUCCGCGAGUAACAUCCACGUGAACGGUUCAACAGAAGAAAGUGAAACGAAGGCUGUGACAGAUGUUGAGACAUCAGAUGUGGAAAAAGAGGGGAUGCUGGAAUCUGGAGCUGAGGGAACGAAAGCCGAAGAUGAUUCUGCCGCUGACCUCAAUGAUGUAGACGUCAAGCCACUGGAGGUGAACCCAGGCGACAUUUCCCACGCUCAGCAGGAAACUGAAGCGGUCGAGAAUGGCCAAAUCAAAGAAGAUGCAGCUAUUAAAGAAAUAGAUUCUGAUCCAUCCAAGAAUAGCUCUGCUGAGACGCCCGAGUCGAAAAUUGACGUGGCAGAACAACCAACCAAUUUGAUCACGGAGCCGGAUACUAUCGGGGAGAACUCAUCUCCCGCUGUGGCUGAAAAGCCAGCAGAGACUGCGGGUGUUCCGGCUGAAAAGGAAGAGGAUUUUGAGGUGUCAGCCGAGGAGUUGCGCCAGCAUUUGGAGAGCCUUCCUGUUUAUCUCUACACGUCGCUUGCUGGUGGGAUGCAAAUUAUUACGCGCACCAAUAGAUUGGCCACGAUCUUGCAGGCGAACGGGAUCAAGUUUGAGCACAGAGACUUGGGCACAGACGAGGAGGCCAAGAAAUUGUGGCGCAGGUAUGCACAGGGCAAAACCUUACCGGGCGUUGUCAGGGGCGAUGAUUUCAUUGGAAACUGGGAAUUCAUCGAGGAAGUCAAUGAAGACUACCGCUUGAAAGAAGUUCUACACGAAACUUUAUGA